AUGGAGGCCCCUUGCGCUGGUGCUGGAGGACCUACUGGAGGACCUGCUGGAGGACCUGCUGGAGGACCUGCUGGAGGACCUGCUGACCUGCUCCACGUUGACUUCCCGGAGAUCACCAGCGCCUUGUUGGCCAACCUGAACCAGCAGAGGGUGGAAGGGAAGCUCUGUGACAUCUCCAUCCACGUCCAAGGCCGCGUCUUCCGCGCCCACCGCGCCGUCCUGGCCGCCUCCUCCCCUUAUUUCCACGACCAGGUGCUGCUGAAGAACAUGACCUCCAUCGUCCUGCCCAACGUCAUGGACCCGGGGGCCUUCGAGACCGUCCUGGGCUCGGCCUACACGGGCCACCUGUCCAUGGCCCCCCAGGACAUCGUCAACUUCCUGACAGUGGGAAGUGUCCUCCAGAUGUGGCACAUCGUGGACAAGUGCACCGAGCUCCUCAAGGAAGGACGAGCUCGCACCAGUGAGAACCAGUCCCCCAGUAGCAGCAACUACUUCAGCCCCCGGGAUGUGGCCGAAGGGGUUGACCCACCCCCCAAAUUCCAAGCUCGGGGGGUCCCUGAGGAGGUGGUGGUUGGGAAGGGGGGAGGGGACCUGCUGGAAGGGGAGGAAGGCAGCGAAGAGGAUGGAGACCCUGCCCAGAGACCCCUCUACAUCCAGCCCAGCAUCGUCCCCCAGAAGCAGUGGGUCUAUGUCAAGCAGGAGUGGCUGCAGGAGGACCUGGUCCUCACCUGUGAGGAGGAUGAAGACCCCGUGGAAGGUCCCGCCCGGGGUCGUCCCCAAGCCCCCAAGCUGGAGGAGCAGGUGAAUUUCUGCGAGUCCUCCCAAGGUUUCUCCUCCCCUUACGAGCACCUGGAAGAACCCGGCGAGGCCGCAGAAGGCGGAGGAGGGACCUUCCCACCCCGUCCCCUCCUCCCCAUGGACAUGCAAGGCAACCAACUCCUGGUCUUCCCCACCCAACCCCCUCCCGUGGAACACGGCGCCGUCCCCGGGGCGGGUUUGGUGGCCGACGGCAACAAGAUCUUCAUGUGCCACUGUGGGAAAGCCUUUUCCCACCGGAGCAUGAGGGACAGGCACGUCAACAUGCACCUCAACCUCCGGCCCUUCGCCUGCCCCGUCUGCAGCAAGAGGUUCAAGAUGAAGCACCACCUGACCGAGCACAUGAAGACCCACACGGGGCUCAAGCCCUACCAGUGCCACGUCUGCUCCAAGAAGUUCAUGUGGCGCGACAGCUUCGUGCGCCACAAGGGCCACUGCGAGAGGAGGCACCGGGGG